UUGCUCCAGUGGGAGCUGCUAAGAAAGUUGAGCAGAAGGCACAGUUUGAAGACAGUUCUUCAGAAGAGGAGGAUAGUGAUGAAGAUGAUAGUGAAGAUGAAGAACAAAUACCAACAUCAGCCAAGCAGACCACUCAGAAACAAAAUCAAG